AUGCCAGUUGCAGGAUCUGGGGCGGUAUGCUUAUUACAUUUAAAAUAGUUUACUUUGCUUAAGCAAAAUGCUUUGAGUUACUUGCAGUCGUAGAAGACGAAUCAUAGCUUUGUUUCACUAUACACAAUAUAUUUGGACAGACUAGCCGGCGACAACACUGACUACCUAAGACAGAAGCCUUUUCUCAGAUGGGGACUUUUCCGAGGGUAAAAAGGGAAAAAAACAAAGCAACCUGCCAUGUGGCGCUGUCCGGCAAUUAAUUAACAUAACUUUACGAAUAAAAGUACAACGCCAAACAACCUGUUUGAUGUCACUGCUUAGGCCUCUAGGUAGCAAACGCACCCAUCACAAUUUGGACUAUGUGUGGAGCGGACAAUAGUCUAUAUCUGUUUAACAGUUAGUUACCAAAUCUCACCUACUGAUCGAUUUUCUGGUCCUGAAAGUUCAAAAAUCUUUUGGUCAUGUGACUCAAAAUCUUAAGACUUAAAAUUUCGAGCGCUAGAGUCAUGCUCAAUUUAGGAUUUUGUAAAUUUGAAAUGUAGGGCAUUCAGGCCAAUUUUAGACGAGCCUUAUGACCAAAAACCGUGCAUAAAAACGGUUGCUUGAAUUGCAAAGAAUCGGCCUUGACAUUACGGGUGCCAUCUCUGUGAAUGACUCAGGAAAAACUUUUGGGGCAUUUUGGUACCCAAAGUUCCUAACGGUUAGUUUGAAGUUCGCAUAAGAAUUAGAGGAUUCUUUUGCCAAACUUCGAUGGGCUGUACACUUCCACAAAACGAGGCGACAAGACAGUAAGUAAUAAGCAGAUGUGCAACUGCAAACCAGGAAUUACACCGGAAAGAGACGUAGUUGAAUUGUCAUAAAGACGAAAUUCUCACUUUAAGCACGCAAAUCUCGUGACCGUCGUUACGCCAUUGGGCCACGAAAAUGCACUCUUUCACGUACAUAACUAAUGGCUUGUUGUCAUGUGAGCUCUUGCAUGGGCGAACGUUCUGAGCUCAAAGCCAGCAUAUUCUCUUCACGCUCACCCGGUGGGACUCUAUGUUCCUGCUUGAGGCCAGAAAGAGGUAGGUCGUCGAGUCAGGCGGUCGCGCGUUUGAAUGAAAUCACUGGAUGACCAACUUUGAUGUGGGUCCCCAUUGCUGGCCUUUCGGGGUUACUUGCAGUUACUUGCAGGGAUGUGGAACAGCUGACCCUUGACUUCAAAUAGGACAUAAAGUGCCAGUUUGAUUGGUAGUCUGCAUAGCAAAAAUUGAAAUUGUUUUGAAUUCCUCUCAGAAUAUGUUUGAUUAAGUUAAGCCUCCUGCCAUCCGGCAAGAACGAAACAUUUGAUUUUGUUGGCAUCACACACAAGCUUCUAUAGUGUUCCUUCCAUUAGUCGCCAUAAUUUUGGCACAAUUGUUUAUAAAAUAUUCUUUACUGUCUUUUACCAAAAUUAUUACUUUCCCCCAAAAUGUUCAGGGAUUUUGGUUUUUAAUGUAGUGCGAGAGAUUUCUUCGAAAUGGAGCAAGAUGAAUGGAUUAAUAUGAUGUUGUAAAGCCAAACUACUAUACACCAUGCAAAGCAAAUGUAAUUGAAACAGAGGCGCUAAUAAAGUAGAUAGAAGAAAGUUUUAAGUAGUCACGCAAAUGCACAAUAACCGAUACAUCUCACUUCGAGAAGAGGAAAACAUCCAGCUAAUGUUCGCAGUUGCCCUGGUUGGAAAUGUUUGAUCUAACUGGUGACCUGGUAAAUCGAAUCUGUCAAUUAAGGUAGCAGUUUCUUUCCACUUUCAAACAGACACUGUCAUGUACUUGUAGCCAUGCCCAGAGGAGCACCCAAGGGUUAGCUCUAGUAAGUGGACGACAGAACGUCAGUGCCGCUCAGUAUAUGCAUUAGCUAGGGUCUGCCAAUCCCUUGCAAUGUUGAAGAAAACACGUCGAUUGGGUAUUUAUGCUCAUAGAUGGUAGAACUAAGACCGGAGCUUACGCCACGAAAUCCAUCGAACUCAGCCACAUUUCUAGUUAGCCCAGGAUGGACAUACCGCGGAAAGUGAGAGUAGGAUAGUUUCCGGCACUUAACGUUCUCACAAGAAACAAACAGACAAGCAAAUACGCUUUAGAACGGUCAAAAUGCGACAACAGUUGUCGUUAGAGAAGCAUCAAAUUUAGAAGAUAACCUGGUCCUACUUCGAACUGAAACAGGCUGGAAUGGCUUUUUCUUCGUAGAGUUCGCAUGACGCUUUCACGUAUGGGAGGUCUGAGACUGGGGAGGGGGUAGGAGCCAGCACUCAGGUUGUCCGCACUGACAUAACAUCAGUCUGUUGCCAGCCACAGACGAGAAUGCGGUGGUUAUGGGAAAAGAAAGGGUGUAGUAGCUGCAACACAAGUCUGUUUUAGGAUAGAGGAAUUCAAUCGUAAGUUACCGCAUUGUCCUCUCCGAGGCGGAGUAUUCUUCGUCGCUUGCUGCUGACGGCUCAUUUAGUACUACUGUUCAGAUGCAAGAGUUCUAUAUAGCUCAUUUUUUUGAGCACCAGAGGGAAUCCCCGUAAAUAAGCUCAAUGCACUAUAUCGUCGACUAUUAAUAAACACUGUUAUUCGACCGCUCUGAUUUCUAUAAGACCGGUGUGACUUGCUGUUGCGUGCUAGUAGGCAAAGAGUACUCAGUUGUGGCUGCUCGAACAGUUAACUCCAUCAUUAUUAGGUCAUCUCCCUUUGUAACAAAUUUUCGUUCACUGAUGAAUGUUGAAUUUGUUCUUGUUGUUGUCAUGGGUGUGCAUGCGUUCCACAAGACCACUUCGUGUCAUUUAUUUGUGUUUUUCAUAAUGAUGCACGAAAAGAACUAGGUUCUUGGUUGGCGUAUGGCUAGAGGUUCCUUUCCGGUCUUCUUUGUACCAUUCCUUGAACCCCUGCUUUUGUUGCGUUGCUAUACGACCGUUAAGAUGUUUUGGCGGGCACUGGCCCGAUAUCCCCUGCCGCAUGACAGAUUCAGAGUAAAUUAGCCGUCCUUUGUAGCGUAGCUCUGCCGAAAGUGCUGAGCGAUCCUAAGAACUGGAAAUGGGAAUCCUUUUUACUGUAGCUUCAGAAUUUGCAUUCACCGAAGACAGCUGACCAGAAAACGGAUGUACAUCCCCUACUGGCAGAGACGAGCUAUAGCUUCCUGUCCAUACAGAAGCAUAGACUGGACAACGGGUUAAUGCGUUGUCAGCUUAAAAUGCAUACGAAAUCCUGUCUAAUUAAUAGCUAGACAGUAAAGCAUCCCUAUAGUCGCCCAGGGUUUAUUCCUGUUCUAAUGUUCUGUGCUCAUUAAUAUGCGACUUAAGUAACGAUACUUUUUGAUUUGUCGGGGAUACAUCAACAGACUUAGUAAUUGAAGAGAUUGAUGAGAAUUCGUACGUAACAAGGAUUGAAACCAACAGCUUGGGUGGGGAAGAGUUGCGAUAUUAGAUGUCUUUCUUUCCAAGGGUUAGGUCUACUAGGCGAAUUAAAGUUCAAGUGAACAGGCAAAACUAACAAUCGUAUUCAGUAGUAGCAUUACAGAGCAGGAGAAGUCAGAAGGAUACAACUAUUCUCAGAGACUAAAUUUUCUGUUGCAUGGAUCUCAGAAGUAAGCGAAUCUUCAAAAAAAUAACCCCCAGUUACUGUGAGGCCGAAUAUCUUACGACGGUUCCAGUCGGUUAGCCGCAACUACUGAACGUGCCGUCUUCUCUGUCCUACUUGUAUAUCGAUUGUUUGUGUACAGGUUGUCUCCCCAGAAAAAUGCAAUUCACACUGUCGCAUAUCUCACAUUUAGGUGGCGUACAAAAUCUGCAAACAAAAUCAGAGAGGCAGUUCACUGGCUGGCGUCUAGGUCUACCUACGUGCCUCAGAAAACCCUACAGUCCGUUAGCGUGUAAGAUUACUGCGAAUAGUUCGCUCCGUAGAAAUGACACAUUAAAUUGGAAAAUACUUGAAAAAUUAAGUCCGCUGACAAAUCUCCUGGAUGCAAUGUCUGCUUAGAAAAUAUCCUUAGGACCCCAAGAGUCCUAAUCCUUACAAAUACUUACCUAUGAGAAAGUUUUGCCGACGUUUUUGGCUAGCAUUCUUUCCAAAUUGGUUGGUCGGUAGGUUAACUUUCAGUGAAAAAACCAGGCCGGGUGAAGUAUGUCCCAGUUACGUCUUUACGGACUGCGAGUUCCUGUUAUUCUGCAACUUGCUCUACGAGAACAGGGUAUACUUUCUUCCAAGAAGUUUCUGAAGAUUGCUUCCGAAACGCCUGGAGAACCACACAAAUAUGCCGGACCAUUUCGAAGGAAACCCGCUGCGAAAUUUGGCGUCACCGAACCGACGGCAUUCUGAUGGCAGACGUUUAUGUUAUUUCACAUCCAAAGAGAUCAGUUAUGCAAUAGGUUAGACAGUUGACAGUAAGCUUCGCCUUAAAACAGGUUUCCAAGCAGGUUUCCUUGAUUUCGAUUAUUUCCGUUUUUUGUUUUACUGAUCGAUCUCCCAUCUGGCUGGCCUAGAUGAAUCCACUCUCCUUGUGGACUAAACUGCUGUAGUGUAAUGUCACGUCCAAAAGCGCUUCUGGUCGUAGUACUGUUUCGAGUCAUUCUUGGGAAAAUUUCUCUAAACAAAUGUUUGCUCGAAAACCACACCUAUCAUGACUUACUUCUUUCAGAAUCUGACAUCAUCUUUGUCAUACUACUGCUGCGGCAGGUGUGACUUGGACGAAAAACUGUCCGACAUAUGUCUUUUAAUGGUCAUAUGUUUGGGCCUCAAUAAAUAUCGAGAUGCUAUGCGGUCAGGAUGAAAAAACUAUGAAAUAACCGAGUGGCACCAUAGAUUAAUAUUUUCUUGAGGGUCUACAGAAGGAGAAGACAAUUUCUUGCUCCAGGUUUUUUUUCAUUUAACUUUGAAAAUGCCGCGCGGAGUGUCUUAUAAAAUUUCCAGAGAGUAAGGCAUACCAAAACAUCCCCUUUGAGUUAAUUUGUUGGAAGUGAACAUCUUCAGCUUUCACUGCGAACCUGCGACGCACCUGUUACCCUCUUCGGCCAAUAGGCUGGGCUAAAUGUGCGAACUCUUGAUGAUUCACUGAUAGGAGGAGCAUGACCGGGAUUGGCUGAAACACCAGGCCAGCCAAUCAGCGCACAGAUCCGUUUGUCAUGACUGCGUCAAGCACGGCACAGGCACUGGGUAAAUGAUAUUGCCAUGUCCUACUAAAUGGCGUGAGCACUUUCGUGAGAAUGGGUCAAUAAACAUGCACACUGAAACACUGCCCCAAAUGAUUGCUGCCGAACUGUUACGUAAUUGGUUUUUUUGCGAGGCGACGCCCAAAGUACGGACGUUCUUGACUCUUGCGCGACAGGAGAGGCAUUGCGCUAAAAGGUCAGCACAUAUCAGGAGUGUAACUGUAUCGGACGGGUGAUAAUGGCAACCUCGACAAUAGAUGAAAAAACCGCUCAGCAUCACAAAAAACGGUCAGGGGAUGGACGAAGAGCACAGUCAGCGGGGUCUGACAAAAGCAGACAUCGCGAAUACAUGCUGGAUGCGCCGCCACGAAACUAUGAAAGGCGACACUUCCCCGACCUGCUGAGUGCUAAUCUUACUCCGCCAUGGGCAACUUACAGCAGCAGCGAAAGCAACUCCAGCGAGUCUGAGACCUCUUUGACACACGACUUUGAAGAAGACAGUCUGGCGAAAGAAAACAUUUGUACAAGAUACGCGAGUGACUUGCCUGCUCUUCAUGCUUCUGUCUUUGAGCUCAACUUACCUUCCGUGCCCGGGGCGGAGCUGACGAGAUCAAUCUCAGGGGACGGAUUGAGUCGAGAAUUUCCACCCAAAUACAUCAUUCUACCCACAACCUACUUCGGUUUGGCAAACAGUCCUUCAAGUUACCGAGACGAUAGUCCGCCAGCAUCUUCGCGUUGGCGCACCGGACGUCAUAGAUGGCAGAAGUCGAAGCGCAAUGCAUCCCUCACCGACCGUCCGCCCUUCUAUCCACCUGGGCCGAAUCAGCACUCGGCACGUGGCAUAGGAUCCACUUUUGAUAGAAGUCAGCGAAUGAGAGAGGCACGACAGCUCUAUCGAUCUCCGCAGAGUAGGAGGGCACUUGGUACACCAGCUUGUUACAGAGGUUCUUCGAGUCUCUCUUCUCUACGAAACCGCUGCUCCCCAGUCUGGAAUGCCCAGGCCACUUCACAGUCCCUCUCUGAAGACACUGCAAACAGACGUAUGCCUCUGAGGAUUAAACGCCCCAUAAGUCACCAAGUCGAGAACAGGAGAAGGGAUUUGUGGCGGUCUGAGCCGCAGCUUGAUAGAACUGGCACUCGCUCAAAGUCCAAGAGGAGCGGAAAAGGGAAGGAAUGGUUAUUACCGGUGAAGGCUUACAAGGCCUCUCCCGUACAAUGCUCCUAUUGGCUACCUGCUGGCGAUUUGUUCGAGGAAUAUCGUGACAACUUGGCAAAAUUUUCUAAGGCCAAGCGGUAUCCUCUUCCUCUUAAAUCUCUUCAGCCACAAAAAACGACCCUCUGGUACCGUUCUGAUCCUGAUCUUGCUUUAACUACGACUGAAAGCGAACUAGAGAAGACGGAGGCGACGUCUUCAGUUACUCAGAUAACCGGACGCUUGAAGUAUCAAAGUCCGGAAAGAUCUGUCUGGUUAAAGCAAGGAAGUGAAUUCCAGCCCUCCGAAAGUGGCGCCUACGACCGUGAGGGUAUGAACGUGCUUGUGCCCCGUUGUCUUGCUAGUUCACCUAUCCAAAUAAAUCGGACAUACACGAAGAGUCAGCGCGUGGCAUACGAACAAGAGCUAAAUACUCUGCGAGAGGGAGUGAAUUUGCAGUCAAGCACGGACACAGCACCUAAGACGUCGACAGACGAACGAUUUCCGGCCUACAGGACUCCUUCAGUAAGCCCGUAACAGUAUUUGCCGUCGUUGGGACUAAAGAAAAAACCUUCAUACGACUCGUAUAAGAGAUUACAGAGGACUAAAUGGAAGACAACGUAAUUGGGUCGUUGUAGGGCGAGCUCAAGUCGCCGACCUUCGUUGCACUACCUCACGAAACUGACAUUUAGGGGCCCUGUGACUCAAUUCAUCGUUCAUUUUUGACUGAUAUCCUCCGCAUAGAUCUUAGCUAUAGCGGUAAUACGUCGUUUUACACCAAGCAGCUGUCCAUUUCUUCCUAUAAUCUCCGAAAUGAGCUUGAGGAUAACCGACCAUAAUUAAGAUGCAUAGUAUGAAAAGAGGUUUUCUAGUGCUUAUAUAUGCUAGUCAUUCUCGGGGAAUAAUAGGCUUUUUUUAUCGACUAUUUAACCUACCUCCCCAUGACAACACAAAUUUAUAGCAUCCAUUGUUAAAUUGAGGCGAAAAAGCGACUUGAUUUCACAUUAAGACAAACGUUUUAACGUCCCUGUAGUCUGGUAUGCAGACUCUAUGAACUGCCACUGUUGGUGACAGUUUUAAAUGUAUCAUGAGGUAUCCUACACCUGCGAAGCAUUUGGACGGCUGAGGCAGAAUUAAACUUGCAUUACGAUGAAUACUAGUGCUUGAAAGAAUUUUGAGACAAGAAAUACCAUUAGUCAAACGAAAAGGAAUUAUUUUCAACUAUUUUCCGGUUCUACAUGAGAAAGUGGCGUAGGCUAACUCAAGCACAGUAGAGCUAUCAAAGAGCAGACAGGAAACGUUUUCAACAGAUCCGCUUUUAGGACGAACCAUGACGAAUCAUCUUUAAGGUUACUGUUUACAAGGUGUAUAGAAUUUAUUUAAACAUAUCCCUUCGUUCAAUCCAUUUUCGUCGUUCGCCUAUCACAGGACUCCAGUCAUCUAACUAAGAAUAGGGCACGUCAUGGGAAGGAUUUUAGUGGAUAGGAAAAGUUGAUUCGGAGAAUGUUUUCGUGCAUAAUCAGGAAAAAAUCAGCACAUAUACACUAAAACACCAUAAAAAUGAUCUGAUUUGUUGGUAACAUGAUAAAAAUGCAAAUAACAUGUGCGCUGAUAGGCAAAGGAGGUUAUCUUGAGCAGCUAUUGCAAGAAACUAGUAAAUUUUAGAAAACUGUCAAAUUCGAAUUUUUGUGAAUAUUUCCCACGGCUACCAAAAAAUGAGGACUUCCUCCGUGGUUUCAUUGGUGGUGCUGGAAAAACAAGUUCAUAGUAACAUGUCGGGCGUGUACUCUUAGAGGUCAGAGCCAUUUAAUUCAAGACACUGCAGCUCGUCGACGCGUUUCCAAUUCAUCCUCACUUUCAGAUCCACUGAAAACGAGCCUACAGAUUAGUCCAUCCUUAACACUAUUUCUUAAAAUAAAUCGAUUUGAAAAGUUUGUCAACAGGACUGAUUACCUCACUUGGGCUACCAAAAUGCAAAAAUAAAGUUACAGUUGAAAAAAACGGUUUCAGCUUCAAAAAAAUUUCCCUGGUUAAAAUUUAUCCAUUUGUUAAAAAACUUGUGAAUUUGGCAGUAUUCUUUUUAAAGCUAGGACGUUUUGCGACUCAGGGCAUUUGAGCAUUUUUCAAUUGCAUGAUUCGCGUAUCUCUUAUGGUUUGUCGAAAAUACAUGUUUUAAUUUCUCUAGACAUUUCUUCAUAUUUUUUGCAAAGCGAACUGUCAACCAGUCCAGGAUUAAGUGGAAUUAAUCUCCAUAACUAGCAUCCCAUUCAUUUGUUAAAGUUCGUUAAGUCGCCGUCGGUUUUUCCUACUAGAGCCUCUUGUCCUACAGGAAGUACUUUUUGGCUUAAAUAGCAUGUAAAAUGACUGAAACUCAAGAAAAAUUUUAGACUAUUGAUUUCGUUUUUGCGAGCAUGAUACACUGAACUCUUUGAUUGCCCCGUUCAAAGCCUAAAAGCCUACAGUGUUCGGGCCUCCAGACGGCUCCAUUCAGGUUAUCGAAUUUCUGCAUUGUCUGGGGGAGGAAUCAGUGGCACAGAGAAGUGAGUUUAAGCUAUGCCAAGCAAUGAAGACCGCAAGUCACCCAGGGAGUGUCGUGGUGGCUGAACUAAAUGAGGAUAAACCUGCCCUGCGUGUACCUCGUUCUGUCCUUUCACACUUACCCUAUUCCAUUUUUAAAACAAAUUCGAGGUGAUGAGAGUGGGGGAGACCCAGAAGGCAGUAAAAGCAAUCAAAGACAGCCGUGGCUUGGUGAAUACGCCCUUGUCUACCUCUCUCAACGUGUUCCAAGUCCUGACUUGAGAGGUUGCCAACUGAUUGGGCAACUUGGUCUUUCGCAGGCCUGAGGGUCAGGUUUCAGUAGUUGCUUCUUAAUAUGGCCGCUAUGCCACUCUCACCUAAGAGAGAUCCGAGACCUCCCUGAGAGCAGCUUUUCAUAUACCGGGGGAGCAGGCCGUGUAUGUUACUCAUAGGUCGCCUGUUUAGCUAUGUCAUCUACUACGUCCGAGCCCAUCUUUCGUCAUAUUGACUUUGCUUUGGCGUCAAAACAUGUCGGGUUUGAGAGGAGGCGCCAUGGUAAGUGCAGACUAACUCUGCUCCACUAUAAAAAAACCAGUCUUGAGUCACUCCGGCGCUCAAUCCAUGGCGAAGGGAUGAGUGUAAUCGUUUGCAUGAAUCCAACUGUCGUUCGCUGCAGUGGAUAUUCGCGUAUUUUUAACUGUCGUGGGUUGAUUAUUUGUUUGAAGAGUGAAGUGGCCAAUUAUUGCGUUUUAGAACUAUGUCAGUGGGUGUUUACAUACUAACGGGGAUGGACGGGCAAGCACCGAUCGCUUUACAGAACUCACUCGUCCCGUUGUGCCUUGGGGUGAUCGGUGCGCGCCCCUCUACCACCGUUAAUACGCUCUAUCGCAAAUGACAGAACUGCGAGCCCGUGGCUCAAUGGUUAGGGCGUUGGAAUUCUAACUAACAGGUAGCGAGUUCGAACUUCGGGAGUUGCAUACUUCGGGGUUGGGUGUAGCCGGCUGAUGACAGCUAUCAAGUCAAAAAUAGCCAUUUCAGUCACCCUUGUCUUUGUCGAUAAUGUCAUCCCACUGACAACGUUUUGGUUAAAUAAGACAUCGGUUCUUGCUGUAAGUGAAUUUAAGCCUGAUCUCAUUUCGGAAGCAGGAUUAUAAUACAAUCAUACUGUAGAAGAGUAACCCUUUUAUUAAUACACAGUUCGUUGACCACGCGUUUUUCAUCAUCAUCAUCAUCAUCAUCAUCAUCAUCAUCAUCAUCAUCAUCAUCAUCAUCAUCAUCAUCAUCAUCAUCAUCAUCAUCAUCAUCAUCAUCAUCAUCAUCAUCAUCAUCAUCAUCAUCAUCAUCAUCCUGGACAGUAGCAGCGGUAGCUACACCAGCAUCGUCGUCGUCAUCGGCAUCUGUCCCCUACGUACGUGUUUAAUUUCAGGGAUCUGCAGACCCAGCCUUUAGUUUGCGCAGUUAUCCUAUGUUUUUUUAAAAAAGAUGAUGACACUCGCAAACCGUACGAAAUGUAUUUCUUGCCUUUCUUUAUUACCCGCAGAGCGUGAAAGCUGCCAGCAAUGCAUCAGGUGAGCCCCGCCGCACUGUAUGCAUGCAUGCACCGAAAAACACGUUUUCGGAUUCAUUGCCGUCCAUCUGCCUGCCGUUUCAUUUUCACAUGAAAACGCACUCAGCAUGAGAUGCUUGUCGCUGAGCAAAAAGCCAAUCGGCAGAUGCACUGCAUCCUUUUUUUCUACCUCAGUACACUACCUCUUUGAAGUCGCUGAGCUCGUAGUAGCAGACAAUAUGAACAAAAUUCAUCCUUUAGAAAACUCUUUAAAGACAUUUGUUCAACCCUUUACGUCAGCAUAGUGGCCACAAUUUCCCGCAAAUUACACGAUCUAAACAAAAGCGCACCCGUUCAGGAAUGACAUGCUCUGGACAGCAGAUGCACUGUUGGUCUUAUGCCUACUGACAAUUUGAAAGGGUAGAUUGCGCCUUGGAAGACGUCGGCCGUCUUCGUCAGCUUUGUUACAACACUUGCGAAGUCCCCACUAGCAUCAGUUUCUGACGGAGGGCAUAAAUCCUUUUAGGUCUGGAGGGCUGUUGUUUGAUACGAUAGAGCAAAAAUUAAAUGCCCGUCUGGCCAAAACUACCAAUAUCGCGAGAAUGAAUAUUGUCUGAUAUGUACAAUGAUUAAAGAUGUGAUUGUUUGGAAAAAUAUUAUGCCAGAACCGUAAGCAAGAUUUGUUUAGUUCUCUGAACUACACAUGCAGAGUUUAGGAUUUGUGGGCUUUUUGUACACAGAGUUUACCGUCAUGCAAACUUGCUAGCCGACGUGCCUUCUGUCACUGUAUUGACUUACUGUCGUAUUCUCUUCCACCCAACCAUCACGACAAGAAAUUUUGCAACAUGCCUAAAAUCUCUACCGUUUGCCGACGCUCUACGAUAUUCUGUUAACUAGAGCGUGGUUUUCUAAUUUUACUUAGUGCAGACGAAAACUACAAAAUGACUUCUUCCUGGAAUACAUACGCUUGCAUUGCAGCAAGAUUUUGCCGUCUGGUCAUUGAAAUGAGUUUCGUCCUUACAGAUGAAGAUUAAUGCAAACAUGUUUGUUAAAGUGCACGUCAUUGUUUCUCAAGUCGUGUCUAGUACACAGAAGUCAAAUGCUUUCUGACCAGUGGUAACGAAGCGGUUCCUUACUUUGGACCACGCAGUUUGUUGUUUUGCCGUAGUGUUGUCUACAUUUACUACGGUAGUCAGGACGAAACUCAGCUACUCCACUGGCCAGUUGGGCAGGAGCCACAAGCUGGGCAGACAGUCUUGAACCAUCUGCCUCGCGAAUUAAACGCUCAAGGAACGUGCGAUGCAUGCUAUUUAGGCGAUAAAUGUCACUUGGAGCACGAGGGCUACAUGGCUGCUAUUCCGAAACACCUGGAAUUUUCUCCUGCAAGAGUGUUGCAAUUUAUCCCGCUCAGCCCUACUGAAGCGUCACUCGUCUCCUCUGUAGUUCGCCCUUGGAGACCACUUAUUUUGGCCUAAUCUGAAAUCGAUGGUUUUGUUACUACGCUAGACAUUCGAUGAUAAUGACUCUCUGUAAAGGACCUCAAUCCUCUGCUAUGGUAGCGACGCUGACAGUUCAAAAUUACCUUGGUUAAUAAGAAGUUUAUGCGAUCUUUAUGAGUGUUACCCUCAGUCAUUAAGACCGUUUGGUCUAGGGUCAAAAUGCGAGACGGCAAUGCACAAUCAUGUUUUACCUCGAGCCUAACCUGAAGUCAGCGAACCCCAGUCCCAUCUAAUACGGGACCAUUGAUAAUAGGAAGUUUUACAGGCGCGGCUGGGGAAAGCGCAGGCGACGAGGUCAAGUAGUUGUAUGCAAAAGAAAAGCCAUUGGGAAUGCGCGAUUUGACUUGGAAUGAUUGACAAAUAGUUGCGAUAACUCCUAACCCUAACCCCUAACUAUAACCCCUUAUCCUUAACCCUAACCCUAGCCCUAACCCUAAUUCCUAGCCACAGCCCCUAACCAUAGCCUCUAACCCUUAACCUCAACCUCAACAGUAUUGUGUCUAUCAGGUGGGGCUACUAAAUCACAUCUCACCAAGAAAUGUUUAAAAGAAAGGGGUUUAAUAAGGAGUCUUUUUGUCUGUAAACAAGAAACACAAAGUGCCCUGAGGAGAAUAUUCAAAAAGGCUGUCAGCUUGCAAAGUGCGGUACUUGUAAAGAUGUGAUUAAGUUAUGCUUAAGGCACCUUGCUUAUUUGGAUAAGUGAAAAUGAGGUUCUUGUUAUCAUGAAGUCUAAUUGUAGUAGGGUUGCCUCGAACUAGGCAAUCUGUUCGGGAGUCUUAAAAGAUUUUAAAUUAAUUUUUCUGGGGUUUAGAAUCCUUCAGAAGUCACUAAUUUUUCUUAGAUCUACAUAAGUAGGCAAGCAGCGGAAUAUACAACCCUCUGCGGAUUUUUCACAAUCAUCCAUAUUAGUCUCACUUACGACUUCCUGAAGAAAAAACGUAAAAAAUCUAUCUAAACGCUAACAUUUGGGUUAGGCUAAUUUGCAAUAUGCUUGCGUAUGCUAUCUUAUAAUUCUGAACAUCUAGUUGGAAGCUGUGGCCGUCGUCAAAUAGUUGUAGGUCAUUACUUUUAAAAUAUAUAAUCCGAUCAUAUAAAGUUGCAGCUGCUGGAAGCGUCCAGGGUAUACUUUUGAAAGUGUUGAUUUAUGCUUCAUCGAUAUAUGUAUAUACAUAUAUACAGUAGGUGGGCUAACUCGUGAAAUGUAAACCGAAAAUCCGAAAUGUCUUUUCGUUUGGAAAAGAUUAUUUACGGAGGGUUGCAAAACUAAGCAUCUUGCAACGUAAUUCUAUAAAACUUUAGUUACAUCAGGAUGCCGGCUUUCGAACGAACUUCUUCCGGCUGCAUGCAAAAACUGUACUCUGUAAAAAAGACUACUUAUGAAGCAUGCAAUUUUCUCAUUGAUUGUUGAUGACCAUACCCAUUUCAUUAUAUUUUAUGGAAAACAUGCAUAAAAAUAUCCACUUCUUUGCCCAUUCGGUAGAAAAUGACACCUACGUCCAAUUUUAUAUUCGAAGGAAGGGUACAAUUCGGUUUUAGGAAGUUUCUAAUUGUGAGAUUUCUUAAUACCGUGAAAUAGCCGUUCAUAAAACGUCACGUAUCUGCACUUACCAAUGUGGCCUGUAAAGUUAACGACAUGGUUCAAAUCCAUUGCUAAAUUUGACGAACUUCAUAUAGUCUCCUCUUAAUACCGCAUAAAAAUGUAUGGUUUUCCGUACGCGGAAAAUAUACGGCUUGCAGUUUGGAAACCCUGGAUGCAAGCGUAACGGCAGGUCGAGUACAAAAUUAUUCGGGAAUUGGAAAAGGUCCUCCGAAAACAUGCAUAAAAAUAUUCAUUUUUUACUUAUUCGGUAGAAAAUCACGUCUUCUUCCAAUUUCAUACUCAAAAAAGAGUAUAAUUCAGUUUUAAAAACUUUUAUAAUUCCGGAAUAAUUUUGAACCCGAUCUGCCGUUACACUUGCAUUCAGGGUUUCAAAACUACAAGCUGUAUAUUUUCCGUGUACGGAAAACCAUGCAUUUCUCUACAGUGUUAAGAGGAGACCAUAUGGGGUUCACAAAAUUAAGCAGUGGAUUUGAGCAAUAUUGUUAACUUUACAAGCCACAUUCGUAAAUGCAGAUACAUGACGUUUCAUGAACGGACAUUUAACGGUAUUAAAAAAUCUCACAAUUAGAAACUUUUUUAAAACCAAAUUAUACUCUUUUUUGAGUAUGGAAUUGGAAGAGGACGUGACUUUCUACCGAAUAAAUUAAAGAAUGAAUAUUUUUAUGCAUUUUUCCAUGAAAUAUAAUUGAAUUUUCAAGGGCAUCGAAAAUCAAUGAGAAAAUUGCAUACUACUUAAGUAGCCAAUUUUUGCAGAGUAUAGGUCUUGCAUGCAGCCGAAAAUAAGUUCUUUCGAAAGCCAACGCCCUGAGGUAACUGGAUCAUUAUAGAUUUAUGCUGCAUCAUGAUUAGUUUUACGACACUACUUAAUGUAUCUUUUCGAAACGAGAACGCAUUUCGAAAUUUCGGUUGACCUUUCAUGAGUUAGCACAUCUACUGUAUAUAUGUCUUCGAACGCAGGCAUCCCAUGAACCAUAAUUUGUAGGCAAAUAUGUUCUUUAUGAAAAGUGGAAAACUUUAUUAAGUAAACCUUCGACGCUGGUUCCCAAGUCGUUUUCAGAUUUGAGCAAAUUUGCAAAAACCUGCUGAAACAUCGAUAUUCAUUUAGAGUUUGCGCCAGUAAGCAGCCGCUGUGUGUCUUCAAAUAUAAAUAUGCAUAUGCCGGCAUGAGUCUCGCCAUAAAUCUCAUUAUUCUGGUACAACUGCUUUAGCGGCAAAAUCCGCUAACAAAUGAUUACAGUAGUCUAUUCAAUAAACCCCCUCUGUGCAAAGAUUUUCAGGUGGAAUAACAUUUAGUAUACAGCCCCACUGAUAAACCUCCCUGAACAUAGCGCCCUCCGCCCUCUAAGACACCGGUCCUAUCGCACGGUGUUACUUUUCACACAGACGCCUGAAUUUACUUUAGAAGAAUCGCAAAAAGCCAAUUCUAUUGGCUCUCCUUCCUAACACAUAUGCUGCUGUUUGCCUUUUCGCCGUGCUGUACAGCAAAAGAGCCGCCCACACACGUGAUUGAUAAUGCUUCAGCGUUAUUUACCUGAGACAGCCUAUAUUUAGAUUCUUCGCGACUGCACACGGCUUCACCGAGAACAAGCCAAAAAAACUUCGGGAGAUCUGUAAAAUGUGUUUGCCAGAGGGAUAUUUUCUCCCAAUCCCUACCUCUUCUCUUUUAAUACAAAUUGUUUAGCGUUGUAAGGUUGUAGUCUGACAUUCACGGGGAGUGACCGCGGCGGUCAGGAAUUUGUGAUAACAACUUUCGAUUGGACAGAGGCGUCCAAUUGAAAGGUUCUCCUGUUUGCUUCAUACGCUGCAUGCGAGUCGUAAACUCGCAUAACGAGAAUAAAUUAUAUCACAUCUGUUCACUCUUUGGAAACGAAAUCGUCAGUGAUUCCCGGGGUUUAAAUUCAGUCUGAUUCAUAUGAGAACAUGUUAUUAGAGUCUGUUGGGUUAAGGGAAGCCGUGGGUCCUUCACGCAUCACCCGUCGUUUUCCAUAUUAAAAACUAUUAAAAUCGUCGUCAACCUACCCGUAGAGGCAUGGUCACCUUCGAAUAUCCAAGGCAUUAUAUUUGCACUUCAUGCUAUGCCUUAUUUUCUAGAGAUUUAAGUAAACGACUAAAGCCAAGUAGUUGAUCUUCUGCUCGAUAAAGCCUGCAGGGAGAUUGCACAUAUUAAUGCGCCGAAACUCACCUUACAUUCCUUUGUCCCUCUCAUGGUCGCACUUGGAAGUCUGGCACUUUGAAAGUUCAGUCCGAGAUAUUCACACAAAACCGUAAUCCCACAAAAAGUGCCUAUAACUGAUCAAACCUACGAGAAUCAUAUGGUACGCGGGCAAAGUGGAAAUAACUUUGGUAACCGGCCUGACAACCAUCUACUCACGAUAGUCAGGACGAUAAAGUCUACGUCUUCAGCAAAAUUCCAGGUUGCAGCUGCAAAGAAGCACGCUUUUUGGGUACCGUUAACAGCAAACUGAACUAGUUUGGUUUGUCCCAUAGGGACAUUAUCAGAGUGUUUUUGGAAAUUUCGCACAAUGGAGGAUAAUGCGAUCCUAACGAUAAUUUCCAACAUCUUCAUGAUUGAAUUACAGUCAUAAACUUUCUACUUUAGAUUAUAAAACACUGAGCUACUUUUCAUACUAAGAGACUGCCAGGCCAGAUUACCUCUGAACACAUGUUCUGUCAAAAAUAUGAAAGCAACGCGUUUUAAUCUGAAACAGAAUUGCUUGGCGUGGGACAUUUGCAGUAUAUUCAUUCAGUCGCACAUCUAAGGAUGUUCUGUUAGGUUUCCUCCAUUUCGACUUACACAACCUCUGAACUUCCUUUGUUUGACGAGAUUGCCUUUGCACGAAUGCCCCAACUGCAAUGUAGUCGUUUCUUUUGCAUGACUUGCAUGAGUCUCCAGCGGACCAAGAUCUCGCCCCAUGGGAAAAUCUGCAGCAGGUCAGAAAUUCUGACGAUUUCUUGGGUCAGCAGCCAUCUCCCUCGGAUAACAAUGUUCCGAUACACUUUCCACAGUCUGCUACUCACCUGAGUAAUGUUUUGGAGAGGGGUGAGGCCAAUCGACCAACGUUAAUCCAAAACGUUUCCCCGCUAGCGCCCCUAUCGAACUCUACAAAUAAGGUGAGAACACUUACUUUGCAUGAGUAUGACCCUUAGAGCGUCAGCAUUCACAUAGUCCAUAAGGGCAGUGUAAGGCUCUCUUUCACUAUUUUAGAAGAGAUUUUCUCAUGAAGUUACCUCAAAGCAAAUUGUAAGGUCAACUCUCAAACGGAUCUGAAAGGGCCUUUUCCCGGCUGAUCUUUAGAGAGAGUGAUACAAACAAAUCAGAAUGAGUGUAUUUUGUAAAAAUACGUAGAAAUGAAUAAUGAAGAGGAUGAGAGAAGGUGGAUGUAGAGAGGAGGUAUCUAACUACGUAUUCAAUUUUCUUUAAUUUCCGAGGAAUUUAUCAGCACAAGACCAAUGUGUUCUGGCGAUUAAAGCAGCGAAUAGAUCAACGAAAUCUCAGAUUCCGCCAAACAUGCGCUUGACAUCUUGUUUGGUAGACAUGAACGCAUUUUUUGGGGCAUAAAUUUAUGAUGUUCAAGAAUCUGGCACAAUAACUACUGUGUUAGAGUCCCCUUUUUGCUAGAACUGGCCCCGAUGGUUCUGAAUAAAACAGAGCUUUCUGUAAAGAAACAUUGCACAGGUGUUCCUCAGUGGCAUAGGCUUUUAAGUAAGGUUCUUUUAUCGGUCUGACGGCAGGAAUAACUUCAGAAAAUACUGAUCAUCUCUUAAAUUCAGAAAAGGUGAUCACAGACGGUAGAGCCGGAUAUUAACGACAGGUCAUGUAAACACAGUGAUUUCGUCGUGGCGUUCUGAAUUGGAAUUACCGACCUAGUCGUCCUUUGUACUUUUCGACUGUCCUUCCGAGGUUAAAAUGUUACAAGAAAAAAGAAGACGAUUAUCUAAAAUUCAACCAAUUUAUGGGUAACUUGACCAAAAAACCAGGAACAUAAGUACUCUGACAAAAGUGAGGACUGUUUUAACGAUGUAGAAUUUGAUGUUUGCCAUCAACUUCAUCAUGCUUUUCGAGAAAGCGCGGAUGGUUCUUGUUGCGUAAAGUGCUAUCAUUAGGUUAGUGAGAUAAAUACGAUACAACUUGAAAUAGCUACUCCCCCAUGAUUGUCACGUCCAGUGACACCAGGUAGUCAAAAACAUUCUACUCGCCCAUUAUUUCUGCGGUCUCAAGACAAUCGAUAUUUAGAACAAACAGUUUUUCACUUUGUGACAAUAUCCGUCACCAGGUGCGCAAUAUAAAUUGUCAAUGGUGGCUUAAAAUCUGAACUUACUGAGGAUGCGCCGCCAGCGCUCUAGAAUUUUUUGUUAUUUUAACGACUGAUAUGUAAAACAAACAUUUCCAUUACUGCGACGCAAAUGGAAGGCCAUAAUUGCGAUUUCUAGGCCCCUAGUCACGACUAUGCCCUGGUCAAAAACACAGUGCGGUAUCUGUCUGGCGUGCUGGGUUACCAAUCUGCGCCGUUAUGGACAUCCGAGUCAUAGUUCUUAGGCAGCAGAUAUGCACGGGAACUAAUAAGUGCCCGCCCUCUUCUUAAUUGCGGCUCAAUCCCGUCUGUGCUCCGAGAAUAGUGAUAACAUGGGUAUUUUAAGAGAUGCUUACUUGAAUAUGUAGAAAAGAAGAAAAGCCGUCUUUGCGCCGGAGCUUGUUGUAGUGUGUUAAAAAGGGAACUUUGCAGAUAAACCUAAGUUGCUGUGGAACGGCUAAGGCUAACUGAGAUUUGACAAUGAAAUCUUUACACAGGACGCCAAUUUUAGACGUCAUUCUCUAUCCUGCUUUCAGCUUCUUCAUACCGAGUUUUCUUAAUUCUAUAAGUUUAAGAAUUCUCUACCUAGACCUAUGUCACGGUGGGCUGUUAAUUAUUUCAAGUUUAGUCAUUUCGCCUUUCCAAAGAGCUUUAUAUAUUUAUACCUCUGUAUAUGAUCACAGUAUGCUCAAGCUUUGAAGGAAGUUUUGUUCCUCUUACAGUUAACCAUAAGUUGCAAAGCCUGCGGAAAAUAUGUCGACAUCAAGGAGAGGAUGGAACUGCUAAACGACAUCUUCCAUCGGUUCUGUUUCAAGUGCGCAAUCUGCAGGGAAGACCUCUCGUAAGUGUUCCCAUGUCUUCUUCCAUUUCGAGGAUUGAGGCAGUUGGAGAAAAUGGUCACAGUAGAAGGGUGCGUCUACCCACCUUCAAUGGUCAAAAACGUCAAGAACUCGUCGUUCUCUUUCGUACGCACACUCAGAAUUCUUAUAAAAAGUUUCACACUUCCUUUGGCUCUCAUAAGUUCCGUGACUUCAAGAACAUGGGAAUGGAAGAGGAUAAGACUGGACUGCCGUAUUUCUUUCAGAAAAAUCAGCCGAUAUCAAAAAUAGUUGAAACGUAUCUAGUAUCACAGUCAGGUGGCUUUCACUGAUGCUUCCUGGAUGCAGGGUACACACGGACCUUCCAGAGUGCCAUGGCGCUCCGCUCUAGAACCUGCGCGGUCCGUAGCAUGGCCGCAAGGUAUUGAUCUAGGAUUCGAGCGUGGUCGGUAGAAUAUGGCAAAUAAAGCAGAAAUGGCCAAUUCAGUUCGCCUAGUCUCCGUCGUCAGUAAUUUCUCCUUAUGGUUUAAGACCUUAAACGAAAGGUCAAAGUCUUAGACGGUCUAGCAAUUAAUCUUGAAAACCAAUGCCAUCGGUCUUUGAAUAAAAAAAACCGGGCGCACCAAAGACAACUGUUUUCUUCCUUUUCAGGGUUAAAAAGUCCACGGGUGUUACACAUCCUUCGCAUUUGAUCUCUCCCUUAGUCUGGGUGGCUUGUAAGACCAUUCCUUGAUAGCGCGACUGUCGUUGACUGCGUCGGAAUUAGAGGCGUUGGGAAAUGACUUAUCUUUCGGCUAUCUCCAAAUCAUACGGCUACCCGAAGCCUAUAAUGUCUGUUUAAGGCGUUGACUUGCCGCCGUCCGAUGCGAUUAUCGAAGACAUCACUGUUACUGAUCUUAGGCCUAAUUACUAGAUGACGGAUGAAGUUAACAUAUACGCUUGCUCUGCAUUUCCCGUCAAAAACAAAACUGAAUCUGGUUGGGGGAGGAAGUUUUUGCAGUCAUUACCAUCUACACCGCACACUAUAACUUUACCGCAUGCCACUAUGGUUAUAAAAUUAAGGUAGAUUAAACACAGUCGGGACCACGAGCAUAUUGCUCCGUAUCGACACUUGAUAGUCCCUGAGCAUGAUUUUCGCCAUGCAUUCUUAUCCAAUUUAGGUUAUUUUAAAUGAAGGCCUCACACUUAAAUGAGCAGGUGGCAAAAAUUUAUCUUAAGAAGCUCAUAGUAUCAAGGUUACAUAUAACCACUGCUUAAUGUAAUGCAAUACGGGCUUUCGGUCAAUACAUGCACCAGAUAGGCCAACGUACCCCGGAAAAGUGUUUUUUUUUAGAUAAGAGCAAUACGGUUUCAUUGAAUGUGUGCGCUGUUUGCAAGUAGCCUCUUUUUAAGAGUUUGCAAAACGGCGGGUUUUUUCAUAAAAAUAUAAACUGGGAGCCAAACAAGUGUGUGAUGCGCAUUAGGAAGUGGCCUUGCGCCACGCCAGCCAUUAUGCCUAAUUUAAUCCACAUUCGGCCGACCUUGGACGUCGCAUUGGGUCACGAUGGGGCUGGUCGAUCCAGCGUGAGCACUCCCCACCGUAAGGAAAAUCAAAUGCACUUUUAGAUUGACAAGACAUCGUAAAAGUAUUUACUUGAAAGGCCACCAAGUGAAGGAAUAACACGGCUUUUCGGACCAAAGACCACCCUUCAAUAUCGUAUAGAUUUUGCGAGGUAAAUUACCACAUCCGUGACUAUAUCCGGUAGUCUCGACUCUCUGCCGAUAUUGAUAGGUGCAAGAGGAGAUAGAUAAACGUAUUUUCGUAAGGCCCUCUCAAUUUAAUCUAAACCACGCGUCAUCUUUUGCACCAGACAAUGCUCGUUGUCAAUGUCUACGACGGGCAACCUACCGACUGGUUGAUAAUCUGGUUGAAUCACCUUCUUUAAAACCCUUUACGCCGAUCGGAUAUCGUAGUCGAUCAGAGACUAUGAAAUGAAACUGACAUGAGGAAAAUAGUUAAGUAUGCAGAUAACAGACACACGGUAUUACUAAAGUAUGUCUUUAAGUUUGAUGAUAGAAAUACGGCCCGCUUGGAUAUCCGAACUAAAUCGCCUCCUGUGAAUGGCGGAAUAUGGCUUACCAUGAAAUGGGCGUCAGAGAAUGACUGAAACUUUUGAAAUGCUAGUUUUAAUGUACUAGCACGCCAACGAACGGAAUAAAUAUCGGAAAUUAUCGGUUGACAGUGCGCUGUCGCUUCAGACCACUUCUUUUUCGUCAACAUAAUGUUUUCUGGCUGGUGUAGCGACACUAUUAUCUUUUCAAUUUGUUAAAGCUAAUGAUGAAUGGUCACUUACUUCAAACCAACCUUUCCCAUCUUCCAGUUCCACCAAUGCGAUAUUUUGCAACAACAAAUGGACUUGCGAAGUUCAUUCCGAAUUCAAAUGGCCCGCUCACUCAGACCAGAUCUCCGAACUUCUCCCUGUUUAA